UCCUCCUCCUCUCCUUUUGCGCACCAGACUCUCCCACCCUCGGCUCUUCUAUUCGCUCACAGCGCUCUCAUACACUCGGUGCGGCUUGUGUCUCUGCCUACACCUGUGCGUAAGAGCGCACCGAUGGAUAUGUAAAGUGAUGCGCUCCUGAAAAACGCCAAAUCUGAGCCUGCAUUAAUGCCUUUCUGGGAAGACGUAGGCCUAUAGAUGCGCUGCAGAGCGCGCGCGUUGGGGAGCAGUUUGUUAGAUUAAAUCAAGUUCAUUUCACGGAGAUUAUUUUUAUUCUGCGCGGUUGUGUUGUUGUUUACGGAUGAUGAUAUGUUAGUAAAGAUGUUCAUCAGCACGGAUGACGGUGCGUUGCUAUUUGGAUGUGUGUUUCUGGACUUUUCAGCAUAUCAUGACCGCGCGCCCUUUUUCCUCUCUCCAAGUCUUUUCGUUUCUGCGUGAAGUUGAACGGAGGAGAAAGCACGAUGAGAGGGAAAUACUUUCUCCUCGGCUUCUUGUUGCUCAAACUUAUGGCUCUCGUGUGCAAGGCUGACGGGGAGCCGGGACUGCUCGGAGGAUUCGUAAUGAUCGCCACCUCCAACGGCUCCAGGGAGGAGGAGAGCGUGUCCGAGGAGACCCCGCACACGGAGGACAACUGUCGGGGUUACUACGACGUGAUGGGCCAGUGGGACCCGCCGUUCAUCUGCAAAACGGGCAAUUAUCUGUACUGUUGCGGCACCUGUGGCUUCCGCUUCUGCUGCGCCUACAAGCACUCGCGGCUGGACCAGAGCACCUGUAAAAAUUAUGACACCCCGGUGUGGCUGAAGACCGGACAGACUCCCAAAAAAAUGAACAAGAACCACGACAGCACCAAAGACAAGACGAACUUAAUUGUUUACAUUAUAUGUGGAGUAGUGGCCAUUAUGGCUCUUGUGGGGAUUUUCACCAAAUUGGGGCUCGAAAAGGCGCACCGGCCUCAAAGGGAGAACAUGUCCAGGGCCGUCGCCAGUGUGCUGCAGGGCGGCUGUCCAGGUGAGCAGUAUCGUGGGGAGGAGGCCCUAGGGAUGCAUUCGCAGCACUUUGUUUCCAGGGCCACAAACCUCCAGGGUGGUCAGAUGAACAACAGCGUGGUGCCGGGCUCCAACAUGGGCCAGCAGCACCCUUACCCUGCCCUCAGCCAGCUGGCUCAUGUCUACGAACAGCAGCAACAGCAUCAGCAUCAGUAUCAGCAUCAGCAGCAGCAGCAACAGCAGCAGCAGCAGCAUCAGCAGCAGCAGCAGCAACAGCAGCAACAGCAGCAGCAAAACAAGGAUCUCAACAAGUACGCCUCCCUGAAGGCUGUGGCUGCCAAGUACAAUGGUGAAGUCUACAACAAGCGUCGGCUGAUGGUGGAGCUGCCAACAAAGGGCGGGCUGCCUCUCCAGCCCAUGGGCAACUCCAGACCCUCAAUGAGCAACAUGUCUUCGAUGACUCCUCCGAUGACUACCAACCCCAUGGCUUCCAACCAAAUGGUAUCCAAUUCCAUGAACCCUAACAUGAGCCAGAUGAGUUCCAUGAACCCAAUGACGUCUAUGAUGCCCAUGACUUCUAUGACACCCAUGACUUCCCAUAACCAGAUGACCAACAUGACUCCUAUGACCUCCCUGGGUCCACUGACUCCUGAGCCGGUGGCCACCUAUAUCACCGAGAUGCCCAGCAUCUCUUCCGUCUCAACCCUCCCGACAGAACGGCACAUAGCCGGUGUCGGAGGAGGGGGGGGACUCAAGCUGAAUGGCCAGAAACCCAAAGGCAGCCAUGGUCACAUGGGCCACAGCUCUCACAGCUCUCACAGCUCUCACACUCACAGUCAUGGUCAUAGCCACAGUAGCAAGCCGCCAGGCCUUGGGGCUACCUCCCUGGCACACAUGGCAGGGACCAUGCCAGGUCGCACAUCCCUGGGUAUCUCCAGGGCCGCCGAGACCCCCAUUGGCUCCAGCUCGGCUACAAUGGGCCGCCCAAUGGCCUACAGCUCCAACACAAUCGCGGCUGGGCAUACGAUGGGGCUGGGGCUGAAGGCCUGGGAUGGGACUGAGACGGUGGGCCGGAGGAAGACCUAUGGGCACAAGAAGCCUCAGUGUACUGUGCUGGAGCCCAACCAGCUUCACAGCACCAGAGUCCACAGCCACAGCCAACACUUCCUCCCCACACAGCCCUACUUUGUGACCAACAGCAAGACAGAGGUGACUGUGUGAGAGAGGAAGAAAGGGAGAAAAAGAGGGGCAAAGGAUGCAUGUGGUGUGGUGGCACAAGUAAUCUCUGAGUGGAGACACCAGCUCCUGCGUUGGUCAAAAGUGCAGAUCUAUGUGUGUGUUUGUGUGGCUCGUUGUGGUGGGACAGUGACACUGUGUCUGAGUGGUCCUCGUUUCACAAACAGAGUUUACCAAUCAAAUCACGGAUGACGUCCAAGUUGGUGGCAUCUGUAACCAUGACUUCAAAGAGCCUACAGAGCAGGGAUGUGUAUACGUACACUUGGUGGUGAUAUUAGAGUGUUGUCUCACAGCUAAUAUCUACUCGGUAACGAUGACAAUAUCUGAGCGUUACAGUGCAACAACACACAGAUAAUAAAGUGGGAAACUGUUGAUAAUAAAAUGGAUUGGCUUUAUGAACCAAACCUGAGAAGCAAUAUAAGGGAUUAAGUGUAAGGCACCGAAGCAUCAUGGGAAAGAAGAAACACAGCAAGUUUACACACAAACCUCGCAACAAAAAUUCUGCUCAUCUGCCCAACAAAGCGUUGAAAGGUUUGGAAGGAAUAACAUUCCCUAACGAUUUGCACCCCCCAAAAUCUCCCGAGGGCUUUGAAACAGACACACGUGAUGCAGGCGCUGGGCUUUGGACUGCAGACAUGCAGAGCUUUGUACUGUGGCUAUUCAGAAGCGCCUUCAUAAGAUCUGCAGCUGAAGGUCGCCCCUUUUCCGCAAGGCUCCAGCACAAAGAAUGGAGGCUGUCACACUGGCAUUGUUCUGUUCUGAUCUCGUCUGUGUGGUGACAGCUGGCCCAGAAGAGGGAUAAAGAGGCAGGGAGGCAGCAUCUGGAUGAUGCUGGAGCUAGCAGAGGCUCCACAGACAUUAUUGUCAUACAUACAUACACACACACACACACACACACACACACACACACACACACACACAUUCAUGCAGACACAUAUUUUCACACAAACACACAGAAACGUAUCCUGUAGAAAUUCCCGCAACCAGGGUAUGACCAAUACGUUUUUUUUUUUUAAAGUACCAAUCAUUAGAAUUCAGUUACAGAAGGCUGAUGUUAAGUUUAAUUUGUACAUAUUUGUUUUGUUUUUUAAUUAGUCGAUUUGCAUUUUUUUUUUUAACUCAGUUUAGUGCUUCCCCAAAAAUACAUUUUUAUCAGUGAAUUUAGACUAUCAUAGUGGUGUAAAACUCUCGGAUUAAACUUUUUCUGAGAUAACUUUUUAGAAAUGACAGCUACAGUACGUCAGAAUGACCCACCCCAUCCAUUCAAUGACAGGGUACAGUUUGGUAAACAUAAAUACUUUUGAAUUAGAAAACUAUUAACAACUGUACAAUUGUACAAUUAAAGGAGUAGUUUUGGGAAAUAUGUGCAUUUGCUUUCUUGCUAAGAGUUAGAUGAGAAGAUUGCUACCACUUAUGUCUGCAUUUUAAAUAUGAAGCUAAAGCCAGUAGUCAGUUAACUUAGCUUAGCACAAAGACUGGAAACGGGAUGGAAACAGCUAGACUGGUUCUGUCCAAUAGUACAAUAACAAAAUCUGCAUACAAGCAUCUCAAGAACUCCCUAAUUUAUGAUAUACCUAGCCUUUUUUUUAAACCGAACAAAAGACAAACUGUAAAAAAGAGACUUUGUGGUAUAUGUGCCAGACUAUUUCUUUUCUAGACACAGUAACUUAUUCUUAUUAUCAGCGUAACGCAACAAAAUGUUGAACAAUUUCUCUAAAAGAACAAAUAAAAUGUGCAUAAAACAAAGCGGUUUUAGUGUAGCUGUGGUCAGGCUUGGCCUUCAUCAUACUGGAAGUGGACAAAAUGACCUAUUAAAUGAAAAAUAUAUUCUAUGUAUGUAUAAGUUAAAGCAAUCACAGACAGCACAGCAGGUCAACUGAGCAACUAUAUGCCUAACAUAUUUCGUGGACCAAAUGUAAACUUUGGCUUCUCAACAUUGUAUUUCUGCGCAGAUUUUGCAUAGGAUGUCAUAUUUUUCUAGUUUUAGACAAAAGCAAGCAACUACUGUUAAAAGUGGAUAUAACAGAAGUAAAAAUACCACAUUUAUUUUAGCUGGUAAAAGAAGACACUGCCACAAGAAACUAGGCUUGAUUAGAUCACUCACUGUACUCAAGCUCUAGCUGGAAAAAAAAACAUCACAACCAGCAGGGGGGGAAAAAAACUAUCUGGGUUAUAUUUCUCAUAAAAAUAAAUCCGUAAAAUAAGUCUGACAAAUAGGCCAAAUCUAUGGGCUUCUCCGAGCCUAUUUGCUUGUGUUGUAAUGAUGUGAGAUUUAUUAGCAGCUGCAGCCACAGAUAUCAUUUUGACCUUGUUAUCUAAAGUGCUACUUCCACCUCUAAGACCCUCUUUACAUUUGCAAUAAAGAUGCAUUUUUGAGCGAUCAGAUUGUAAUGAGACAAUGCUUAGCCACAUUAAAAUAGAAAGAUCCGACCAAAGCACAAGCAAAAAAAUAUAUGAAUUGUCCAUUUUAAAGCAUGUACGUAUAAGAGAGAUGUACAUGACAAACUGUUGAGGAAAAAAAAGACACUAUUUCAGUGUGACACAUUUUUAUUGGAAGCUCUAGCAGAGGUACACUCCGUUUGGGCACACUGUGUAUCCAGACUGCAUGUAGAUCUGAGGUACAAAGGGGGGGAGGUCUAAUACUACAGCUCCUAAAUCAAAAGAUGAAACAGCUAAGCCAGUUGAGCGUUUAGAUAAAGGGGUGUGCAGGAGGGGGUGUUUUUUGCCUUCAAGCUGCGGAAAACCCCUGCUGUCUCGAGGGUCAUAAGACAGGAAACCUAAGACCAAAUUGAAAGCAAGGAACAGGAUUUAAGAAGUCAUCAGAGCAUUACAAAUAUGUCACCUAUACACCCACCCACACACACACACACACACACAGAAUACAUUACAGGGUGGACUCUGCUUUCCCUCUGCUCCCACAGUGCAGAGCGGCAGGCAUCAUCACAGUCGGGAGUCCGUUCUCUUACUGCGCCUGUUGUACAUGAAAGACUGUGAAACUCCAGACCUUGGCCCUUUGUAGCGAUAACUGAUAUUAUGCUUUUUAUAUAUAUAUAUAUAUAUAUAUAUAUAUAUAUAUAUAUAUAUGAAUAUACAAAGCCUUUUCUCUCUUAAUCUCUCUUUUCUUCUUCACUUCUUUUCAUCCCCUUUUUUUUCCUUCUUUGCUCCCUCCAUGGUCUCAAAAGGAGAAAUUUCUGCGAGAAACAAAAACGGGGCUGUGAAGAAUCUUUUCUGUGAUAGUGGAGUACAGUCAUGAUGAGACAGUGAAUAAUAAUAAUUCAUCCUCCCCCCUCACCCUCACCCCCCACCUUGAAAGGCAUGAUUGGUGUGCAUUGUUCCAGCAAGAAAUAUAAGUGAUUGAUUGUGUGCCAAAAAAAAUGUAAUUCAGUUUGCAAUUUUGUACCAUUGUGUAUCCUCUUGAACACUGCGCACAUUUCACUCUUUAUAACUUUUUUCUACGUCUGGCUUUGUGUGUGUGUGUGUGUGUGUGUGUGUGUGUGUGUGUGUGUGUGUGUGUGUAUCCAACUUCGGCAUAUGAAUAUUGUCUCUUAAGGAGUCCAAACUCAAACAAACAACUCAAACAAAUGGAUCGUAUAUAAAUGGAGUUAUGAUGAGAAUCCUUUGCGCAUUUUUUUGCCUCCACUAUGUUUUUAUUUCUUCCUUUUCUUGACAGCUGGUGGUUUUGUUUGCAACAAAGUUGAGAAGAAGGUCAAUGUUUGCUCGGGAUGUGCAUUAUCAGACCCAAUUGUGUUAAUCCAGCAAGGCGGAAAUGUGCAAAUAUGAACCCUCCUCGCCAUCACAUACUGCUCCACCCUUAAAGCCCAUUCAGCUCUGCAAAAGCAGCCACUGGAACAAUUGGUAAGCAGGCAGGGCAGUGGAAACAGUAAGUAAACAAACAAAAAAUCCCUCAUCCCUCAUGGUAACAGCCAAAAUAAACCUGAUAGAAAGCGGGGAAGUGGUUACGCUGGCUAGGUCGCUGUUGAAUGGGUCAGGCCCUACAGAUGACUGGGUUCAGGAGGCAGUCAUGCCUGACACUUUUCAUCAGACAAGUCAGUCAGACAAAAAAUGCCAAAGCAGAGACUAAAGGACAGAGGUAGUCUGUAGGCUCAAAACAGCCAGCUCAGUAACAGAGCCAGUAGGAGCCCUGGAACAGUGAGUGUUCAUCAUUAAUUGUGACAUUCUUGUUUUUCUACAUUUUGACAACACAAUUUGGUGAUACGAUGUAGAAUUUUUACUGGCUCAACAUACUGUUAUAAUAAGUACAUUCAGUGGCUAAUAGACAACUGAAAGCCUACCAGUUCCACAGGAAAAAAAAA